AUGGCGCGCGCUGCAAGCCGCAAGACGGCCCUCAAGGCGCGCGACGCGCUGCAGAAGGUGCAGAAGGAGUUGGACGAGGAGGAAGUGAUGAAGAGUUCCAGUGAGGACGAAGAGUUCGUCCGUGCGCCGCCGAAGAAACAGGGGAAGUCUUCACGUUCAACCACCGGGAAGAGGAACGCCCAAACAGGAACCAUGUCGGGAUUCAUGCGGCUGCCGCUCGAGACCGUCACCCAGAUUUGCGAGAGCGUCGACCUCAAGACCCUCUUCCACCUCUCGACCCUCAACAGGCGCUUCUUCCGCUUCCUCCGCGACGACUCGCUCAGUCACCUGUGGGAGGAUGCUCGCAAGACGAGCGAGCUGCCCGACUUCGAGGUGCCGAUGCCGCCGCACCAGCUCGCGCACCUGCUCUUCGGUUCGCACUGCUCCGUCUGCGGCAAGAGCACAACUGUCGUCGACUACUUUCUACGCAUCAGGGCUUGCAAGUCGUGCUCGGCGAAAGUUCUUAUAACGCACGACGAAGCCCAGUGCGCCGGGCAUCAUACGCCGCAAAGCUGCCGCGACAGUUUCGGGCGCAAGCGUGGAAAGCCUCUGCAGCGCGUCGACGAGCUUCAGCAUCUUCAGGGGCACUAUCAAACUCUCGAUGCUCUCCGCACCAAGGCCACAGAGAAGAAGCAGACGACUGCACCGACGAUCGACUUCAAAUGCGAUCAUCAGCUUUGCGAGGGCAUGGGCAAGGUGAACUGGACGGGCAUGCUCGAGCACUACUACAAGAUGGCUUGCGCGAGGACCAAGGACGGUCAGGCUCUCCUCGACUGGCAACUCGCGCAGGCGGCGAAGGUACAGGCGGAGCGCGAAGCGGUCGUCGAAAAACGUCGUCAAGACAUCGCGGGACGCUUCAAAGCGCUCGGAUGGCGCCCUCACUACUUCGACAAGCCUGACUUUUGCCGACACCCGCUCGUCGCGGUCGUGGAAGACCUCAACGAAGCCACUUGGACAAAGAUUCGUGGACCGCUUGAAGAAUUCCUCGAAGUGACGCGCGACGCCGAAGACGCCGCCCUCCUGGAGGAGACGAGGUCAGCCCGAACCGCCGACCGCAAGAAGGAGUUCAGCCAGCUCGCGACCAACAAGGCGGAGCUCAAGGCGCUUGGGCUGUAUCCGGUGCCGAGGUGGGACGAGUUCAUGGAGCUCGAGACAGUCGAGUCGCUGCUGUCUGUCGACACGGUCGAGGCGGCAUACGAGACCGCCCCUACUAUCGCCGACUUGGCGGAAGCCAUCGCAGCUGAGCUUGUCAUGCGGCGCACCGCUGUGAAGCUCGAGCUGUUCGACAAAGUACUCGUCCAGCUUCGCGCAACCGAAUCGACCGUCCCCGUCCCUUCCGGCGCUGGCCAAACAGGCGUUUCGGCCGGAUUGGAGGACCCGACUUCAGCGCUCAGGGUGCCAGGUGCAGCCGGCGCCGGCGAUGCCUACUCCGACGAGCAAGUCGACGACAUCAUGUCGCGCGCGUACAGCAUCUUCAAGUGCGACACGUGCAACAUGGUCGACCACUUCCCUCGCAUCCUCGGGCAUCCAUGCAGAACGUACCGAUACGGCGUCCAGCAGGACGAGGCGCAUCGCCCCUCAUUCAAGGCGGACAGCUAUUCCAUCAACUCGUCGACGAUACUCGCCGUGACCGCCCUGAUCGACAAAGCGGGGCUGCCUCGCUCUGUCAAGAUCGGCACGAUGGACGACCUCGGGGCUACGUUCAGCUGCCUCUGCCGGCAUGCAAUCCUCAAGCACACUGUUCAUCUGUACUACACUCAUGAGGACUUGACAUCAACCGUCGUCCACGAGACUUUGCAGGAGAGCAAGGAUCGGGUCUUCGCGAAACAUCUCGAGGCGGCGGUGAAAGAGUUCGGCGAGCGCGGCGAAGCCGUCUGA